AUUACAGCGACCACACGUCUACCUGCCAGUUCACCUUUAUGGCCAACUGGUGCACCAUAAAACAGGCUGCCAUUUAUUGGAGUCUCAGAGUAUUGUUACAGAUCUAAGUUACACUGUUCGUUCCCCAAUGCUCGAUAAGUGGGAAGGAAUUAAGCAGCUGAAAGCAGCCCUUUGGGCCUUGGGCAAUAUUGGAUCAUCAAAUUGGGGUCUUAACUUGCUUCAAGAAGAGAAUGUAAUUCCUGAUAUAAUGGCACUUGCCCAACAUUGUGAAGUUCUCUCUGUUAGAGGAACCUGUGUCUACGUGCUUGGUCUAAUAGCCAAAACUAAACAAGGAUGUGACAUUUUGAAGCAUCACAACUGGGAUGCUGUGAGACACAGUCGUAGACAGCCUUGGCCAGUGGUCCCUGAUGAUAUGGAGCAGCUCUGCAAUGAACUUUCCUCUAUACCCAGCACUCUUAGCUUGAACUCUGAAUCCACCAGUUCUAGGCACAACAGUGAAAGCGAAUCUGCCCCUUCAAGUAUGUUCAUCAUGGAGGAUGACCGUUUUGGUAGUACUUCCACUAGCACAUUCUUCCUAGAUAUCACUGAAGAUGCAGAACAAAUAUUUUAUGACAGACCUGGACCUUCAAAGGACAAAGACCGUAGUCCCUUUCCUUUUUUUUCUUCUAGUAGGCUUGUGAAAAACCGCAUUCUAAACUCUCUUACUCUCCCUAAUAAAAAACACAGAAGUAGCAGUGAUCCAAAAGCAGGAAAGCUGGCAUCAUCUGACAGUAAAUCAGUCCUGAGGCGAAAUCGUACAGUGACAGAACCUUCUGGUAGCAUAGACUUUCCUGCUGGGGAAGAAUUAAACCCUGUUUUCAGAGUUCCUAAAAUCCAGACUUUACGAUUAGAAACUUCUUUUGUUGGAAGUAAGCACAUGGAAGAUACUGAUAGUACCCCAAGUAUUGGUGAAAAUGAUCUGAAGCUGCCAAAAGGUCUUGGAAAUGAAAUUCACCGGGAAAACACAAGCAGAGAAAAGCUAAUAGGAGAUGGUACUACACAAACACAUUUCAAGAGUCGUAGCUUAAGUUUUAAUACAGAUACCACAACAAGUGGUAUAAGCUCAAUGAGUUCUAGCCCUUCAAGAGAGACCGUAGGUGUGGACACUACAAAUGUAGAUACCGACUGUGGAAGUUUGAGUACUGUGGUAAGCACAAAAACAGUUAAACCAAGUCUCUGUUCAACACCACAGUCUAACCACCUGCCUAUCUCGAAGUCCAACUCUGUAUCUCUGGUACCACCAGGCUCUUCUCAUACACUUCCUCGAAGAGCCCAGUCUCUUAAAGCUCCUUCUCUUGCUACAAUAAAAAGUCUUGCUGACUAUAACUUUAGCUACACAAGUUCUCGAGAUGCCUUUGGCUAUGCUACACUAAAACGCUUACAACAGCAGCGGAUGCAUCCUUCACUGUCUCACUCAGAAGCCCUGGCAUCUCCAGCAAAGGACGUGCUGUUUACUGACACUAUUACCAUGAAGUCUGGCAGCCUGGAUUCUCGGCUAACCCCAAGCCGGUUCAUGAAAGCUUUAAGUUAUGCUUCAUUAGAUAAAGAAGAUCUGUUAAGUCCUAUUAACCAAAACACACUUCAGCGUUCGUCUUCUGUUCGCUCGAUGGUUUCUAAUGCUACAUAUGGUAGCUCUGAUGAUUACAUUGGCCUUGCUCUCCCAGUGGAUAUCAAUGAAAUAUUUCAGGUAAAAGAAACUCCAUAUUUCCAGAAGAAAACCACACCUCCAUUUGAUGACCAUGGGGCUAAGGUGUUUGCAGCUGAUGCAGGAGGUCUUCCAUCAGGUACAAGUGAUGUUGUCAAAAGCCCUUUUCAGAUGCUCCGACAGCAAAUCAGUCUCACAGAAAUAAUGAACACCAGCCGUUCAGAUGCAUCCCAGUUUUUAGAAAGUACAGAGGAUACGGGGCUGCAGGAGCACACAGAUGAGAACUGCCUUUACUGUGUCUGUGUUCAAAUACUGGGUUAUCAGCCUAGCAGUAAAGCAAACUCUUCAUAUGGUCGUACAGAUUUUUCAGACAUUCCAUAUACUGACUGGUGUGGGCAGACCAUACACAAUCACUUAGAUGUGCAUUCCUCCAAAUUUUCUGGAAUUUCAGGCUGUAGUGAUGCAGUAUCCCAUGGUUCAGCUAGCAGCACCAAGAGUACGGAACUUAUGCUAGGAGUAAAAUCAAUCCCAGAUGAUACACCAGUGUGCAGAAUACUUCUGCGGAAGGAAGUGUUACGUUUAGUCAUCAAUUUGAGUAGUUCAGUAGGAACUAAGGGCCAUGAAACUGGGCUGCUGACAAUUAAGGAGAAGUAUCCCCAAGCAUUUGAUGACAUAUGCCUUUACUCUGAGGUGUCCUACUUGUUAGCACAUUGUACAUUUCGACUUCCAUCUAGGAGAUUCAUUCAGGAACUGUUUCAGGAUGUGCAGUUCUUACAAAUGCAUGAAGAAGCAGAGGCUGUUUUAGCAACACCAACAAAGCCUCCAGUGAUCGAUACAUCAACUGAAUCCUGACCUCUGUCUCAUGCAGUGCAUUGCCAUAUAGACUUUCUGAAAUCCUCAGAAAUCACCUCUGACUGACUGGAUAAAAAGCUUGGAGUAUCAUCUGCUAGACCGUUCCAGAAGCUACUGGUACCUGAAGACUGAACUGAAAACUUUCUUCCUCAACCAAUUACUGUUCCAGUCUUUUGAGCCCUUUGGGGAUUUAUUAAACAUUACCAUAGUUUUAAUAAUAGUAAUUAUCAGUAUAUGCAAGAGCCAAGCACUGAACACCUCCACAAGUUUUCAUUUCAUU